AUGUCUGCAGCGACGGGUGGCCUUGCACAGUGCGGCCGCCUUGCCCCGCCUCUUCCACUGUUCGCAUUCACGACACGACUCACCAGCAUGUGGUCGUCACCGUUUUUCCUUUCAUUGGCAUCUGUUUUCACGCUUAUCGGCUUAACCCUCGUUAGCGUCGCUGUGCUCACCGACAAUUGGAACGAAGUCCAGGUAAUCAAUUUUUUUUUCCAUUUUUUUUUGGCUUUUUCUGAAGAUCUAUUCCAAGAGGACAAUAUUAUCGAGUUUUUCUUAUUUCAUUCAAUACUCAUGAAAUCAUACUUUUCUCUAUUUCAAAUCCGAACUCUUUCAAUCAUUGUAUAUGAGUUCAUUUAUUUUCAUGGAAUUUCUUUUUCCUUUGCUCGAUUAGAAAUCCUUUUUUUGACACGAGUCUUCUUUGAAGAGCUUCAUUUUGCUCUGUUUCUUGAAAAACUGACUUCUGGAAAAUUUUUUUCCUCGUCUUUUUCUGAAUUUCCAUAAAGUUUUUGAGUGAAAAAAACUUUUCGAAUAUGAUUGAAAAAUAUAGUUUUACUCUCUGUUAUUUGCGACAGGUAAUGUAUGUGUUUUUUUCAAUUUUUUUAAUUUAUCUUUUUUUCUCAUAUGCUCACAUUUUUCUGCGUUGAUCCAUUCUGAAGCUAAAACUCAUUUUUAUGAAUUUAUUUCUAGCAGUUCUGUGAAGAUCCUCUUUUUAACGCUUCUGUGGUAUUUUUGCCACCGAAACUUGUUGAAAACAUUAUUCCUUUCAGUUGUUAUAAAUGCAUGAGGCUCAUAAUUUUUGAAAUUUGAGUUCAUUUCGAGAAUCCACGCUUCGCCAACCAAUUUUUGCCUUCUUUGCCAAAGAAGGUGAUUAACUGUUUGGCCAAAAGCGAUAAAUUUCCGUCGGCACGUCGACCAAUCAGCGUGACUUUUUCUUGCCCUAAGAGUUCAUUGUUGUCUUUUUCCGCCAUUUUCUGGCCAAACGACGUCCUGACUAAAACAGUUCCACGACGCCUUGUUUGAACACACAAAGAAGCCAAGAUUGGCAAAAGAACUAAUGAAAAAAGGGACAGAAAAAUGUUCGAAUUUUCUUCAAACGAGUUGGAGGAACGGCGACCGAAUGGUGUUAGUGAACCAUUGACGUGACGUCUCGAUUCAAUCAAACCUCUCCUCUCUCACCUCUCUAAGCACAAGAGCAAAGGUAAGAUGAGUGUUGGCUUGACCGGAGAGCAAAGAAACGCGCUGGCUGGAGGAUCCUUUUCUGGUCUCCUAGCUGGGUCGACCUGAAAAGAACCAAGAAUGAAAGGAAAAAUCUCCUAUCUUUGUUUCGCAUCUAGCAAGACAUUCUGAGAAAGUCAGGAAUCGAGGUGAAACGGACCUUCCUUUGAAGCUGGAAAGCGAUGAGAUUCUCAGUUUUUCUAGAAUUUUGCAGUGGAAAGUUUUUAAAAAAAGUUUCAAAUCUCAUUAGAUGCUUUGCGAAUUUGAGAUAAGAGCUAUAACAGGCUUUUCAAUGAAGCUUGGAAGAUCUAUGAAAUCUUAAUUCGAAUUAAAGAACGAAAAAAAUUGGAUGGCUCUUUAUCGCUGAUCUUCAAAAUCCGCGUUCCAAGUUUUUUCAUCAAACUUUUUCUUUCUUUUUCUACAUGAAUAUUUUUCUUCCUUUGGAAUUCUCCAAUAAAAAAUACCUAUUCAAAGCUUAUACGACCCUUUCACAGGCAACACAACGUGUUUAAACGGCCCUGCAAUAAACCACAGAAGUUUAUGGAAAAAAACGGAAAUUGUCAAAAUGGCAAAUUCCGGUUGGCGUUAACCUGUUUCAAUUAUUCAAAGAGGCCAUUUGUUUUACAGCGCUUCAUGAAUCGUUCUUUUUUCCGGAAUUCUAGUAGCCCUGGUUCUAAACUUCCGCGAAAUUACUGAUGCUUUCAAAACAUGUUUUUGUUAUAACUUCGCCAUUAUUUCUCUGAACUUUCAUAAAAUAUAAACUUUUUAUUAAUAAUUCAAUUUACCAGUUCUGAAACACGAGAAAAUGUGUGAGGCAAAACUUAAACCUUUUUUAUUCUUCCCAUUCGUUUUUUUUGCAAGAGGUAGGAUCAUUCAACUGUGAUUGAAAAGUCCGAAACACCUAACCUAACAUCAAAAACUAGUCCUAUUUCUGUCAUCUCACUUGUAGCCCUCCUUUACUUUUUCCAAACCUAGCAAUCCCUAAUUUGGGCAUCUUUCUGUGAGGUGGAGCGCGUCCAUCCGUUUUAUUGCCGUGGUGCCCCUUUACCUGGCGACCUCUGCUGUCCCAUCGAUCAAAUAAGGUACUCGGCUGCCGGCCAAGAGGUUUGUGGACAAGGCCGAAAGAAUGGCUGCCCUCGCCGGAAUGAAUAGUCCGGCCGCCGGUCAGGUUGGCACGCGCAGUCUCUUUUUGGCCACGCAAUUUGGAUGAUUCUUUUCUACCUGGUCUGGCCUUCUCGAAAGGUCACGCUUGAUCUUAAGAGCCUAACACUAAUCCUUUCGCGGGGGACUCGCAUCAAAAUUUGACCUCGUAUUUAUUGAGAACAAAAGAAGCCCCGGAAGUGUGAGAAAAAUGUUCAGAAACAUGGAAAGAUCUUUUGGAGAAUUUCAGUCAUCUAUCGGAUUAGACUGAAAAAAACCAGGCCAAAGAUCAGCGAAAAAUAUUGAGGUGAAAACUGAAAUUUUUGAAAAAAAAACACCUCGCAAAAUAUCUCAGCUCAUUCUCCGAAGUUGGCCAAGUUGGUUGAUAUAACAAAGUCGAAAGAAAACUGACGCAUUUUGAAAAAAAAGAAAUUUCAUUCGGCGUCACCUUAGCUUUUAACACCUUUAUUGAGCUGAAGCCUGAAAAUUCCGAACCGAAAACUUGAGUUUUGUGAGAAUUUUUCGUUCUUCAACCACCAGCGUAGAAUGUUCAUCUCAUUUUUCUUAUAAAAAUCGAUAGAAUCCGAAAAAAAAAUCCGUUUCUACCUGACCAACGCUCCAGUUUUCAAAAGGUCACGCUUGAUUUUAAGAGUCUAAGACUAAUCCUUUCGCGGUUAGUUCGCAUCAAAUUUCGACCUUGUACUCUGUGUACAAAGGGCAAUCGUUUUUGGUGUCCGAAAGAAGUUGGAGGAGAGCGUCUUGUGUUAAUUUUCAAGAGUCCACUUGUGAAAUACGCUUUUGCGGAAAAACUUGGCGGGAUCUUUUGUGGACAUAAAAAAUAUAGAAGCUAGAGACUGGGAGGAAUUGAUCCCGUUGUUUUUUUUUUGUACGGAGGUUCCAGAAGGACAUGACUGAGGAUAAGCCGUUCAUGAUGAAACAUUUCGAAAAAUGAGUGCAAUUUUUUUUUCGAUAGAAAAAAUUUCUUUGAGAUCGGGCUAAUCUGAACACAAAAAAAAACUCGCUCUUGUUGAUUCUUCUCAUAAAUUUCUCAAGGUUCCUUUUGAUCUCCUCGUAUCUUUGCUUUUUUUAUGCUUAGUUUCAUUAUUUUUUUAACAACUCGAAAUGCGAUUUUUUUAAACAAGAAACCAUUUGCCGAAUGAGAAAAUAUUGAAACCUGCGGAUAUUAUAAUUCAUAAUUCCCCAUUUCUUUUCCCUUUUCCGGAAACCAAAUUUCUCUACUUUCAGUUUUUUCCAUUUCAUAUAAUCAUCUAUGUUCUUCCUAUUGUUUAAAUUCAUUUUUUGUUAUUUCAGGUAAACCGUCGAGAAAUCAUCAAUGCCUUCAAACGAGAGCCAGAACUCAACGUGAAGCUCCAAAAUGCUUUCGGCCACAAUAUCUUGUAUUUCUCUCGGACCUACGGACUUCUCAACGUCUGUUUCCCUGACACGGUCCCACAAGGUCAGUUUUUUCUUAUUCGUUCUAUUUUCAUUUGAAACGAUUUUUAUUCGCUUCAACUUUUUUUCUGUUCAGAGCUUCAUGAUACUAUCAAGGUCUGAUUUGUGAGACAGUACAAAACCAACAAUCGUAGGAAAACUGGUCACGUAGUAAAUGGGAGAAAAAAAAAACAUAAAACUUGCCAAGGCCGCGAAGUUUGACACGCCUAGCUGCUGAAGUUUAGAGAUUGAAAAAUUACCUGUCACGAUCUUUGUCUGAAAGAUGAAUGUUCAGAAAUCGGAAGUUUCACCAAGUUUGGUUCCCCAUGCAUCUGGAACAACGAGUUCACGCCAACGGAAGCCAAGAGGGAGCAUUUCACGAGUGCCGAAUGGUACCGGUUAUACGCCUACCGGGGCUCGAUCGUCUGCUAUGCUGCAGGUAUAUUUUUGAAAAAAUAAUAAGAUCUUAAAAUAAUCGAGUCUUGAAAACGUCGUUGAAGAACUUUCAAAAUCUGAAAUCGCUCACUUUUUUCUAAAGCUUGAAUUUUUUGCAAAUUUCAAUAUUCGACAUGUGGAAUAAAACGUAACAAUUUCAUUUUCAUGGUAUCAGAUAAAAUUUUUCUCUGUUUAUUUCAAGAAAAAAAAUUAGAAAAAAUUAUUCCGAAGAGUUUCGAUAACUGCAGGAAGAGGAAAACAUGUUUGAUUUGGUUAUUUUAGUUCAGAUAUCAGGAUAGCCAGAUAAUCCAUGAAGCUACUGUUUUUAAGCGAAUUUUUGAUCUACAUGUUCCUGUGAACAGCGCAAUUUCAAUUGUAAAAAAAAAUUGAGAGAAUCAAUAUUUGAAAUGAACUUUCAGAAAAAAUCAAAAUUUUCCUGAACAUUGAAUCAAAAAACUUUAGCUUCUAUCCAAUCAUUUCUUCUGUACGAAUCCUUCUCCAUUUAUCACAUUUCCAAGUCAUCUCUAACAAGAUUUGACAGUCAGUUAGUACGAAAAAAUGUGUCGCAAUCGAAAACGGAUUGCUACUGGAGAAUAUCUGGUUGCUGUUCCAUUCGAUUCCUUAUUUGGGUGCCGUUUGGCGGGGUCGCAGGGGCGCGAACCAAUUGCGUUUUGCUUUGGCGAGGCCUGCAAAACGCGUUCCGAAAGAGACAAGUUUCGAUUUUGUUUCUGCAAAAACACGGCGCGUGCCCUGAUUGGAUCGGUCCUCAGGAACUGAGGGAGAAUUUUUCAGGAAUCGCGAUCGUUGCGAUCAGCCUCAUCAGCGGGAUUUUCGGAUGUUGGAACAGAUCUCGGAAGCUCAUUGUCGUGACUUCGGUGCUUCUUCUCGUUGCUUGUGAGUGACUGAAUCAUGAUAUUCAACAUGAUAAAGGAAAAAUUUUUGGUUGGAGAGAUUUUUUUCGAAUAAUGAAAAAAAUUCCAAGGUUUGGUCCUGUUUUUCAGUUAUGUCAAGGAAAAAAAUAAAUAAACAAAAAAAUGAACCUUCAAAAAAAUAGAGUGAAUCUCAAAAACUCAAGAUUGGUUUUAAAUUACUGUAUAUUCCCUUUUUUUAGUAUCAAAUUAUUUUGGAUCUGGAAAGGAAUAUUGUUUUGUAACUGAGAACAGUGAAAUGACUGGAUUUUGAAUCAGAGAAGCUAUCAAAAAAACUUAUUGAAAAUUUUUUUAUCUUAUUUUUUUCUCAAUCGCCAAAAAAAUCAAUUUUAAUAAUGUUUCUUUCCGUCAUUAAAGCUUAUCGCAAAAAGAAAAAGAAUAAAUUAUUUCGCUAUCUCAAAAAUUUCAAAAAAAAAAGGAUUUUCCAGCCCUCGCGAUGAGCCUCGCCAUGUUCGGAUGGCACUACGUCGCCUACACCGACCGCAAUGUUCUUGAUAUGGAGCCGUACUACAAGUCCUGGGAGCCGGUACGUUCUUUUCUUCUUUCAAGAGCCUUGCCUGUUUACUAUUCGACCCAAUUGUGUUCCUCUCCAACUUCAGUUACUCUAUUUUGGUCCAUCUCUUUCAUGAUGUAGACGCUGGGCACUUGAACAAAAAUUUUUGAAGGUUAUGAUUUGAAAAUGUUUUUUGAGAGUGAAAGAACUUUCGGGAAGGUGUUGGAGAUUUUCGGAAGUGGUUGAAGAAAAUAUUGAGGGGCUGAAAGAUUACUUUGAAGUUAUUUCAUGAUUUCAAAUCCCAAGUUGGCUAUCGAUUAAUUUGGAAAAGGAGAAAACUUCGAAAAAUCACUUGAAGUUGUUUUUCGAAGGAUCGACUAUUAUCCUUGAUCUUAUAAAUAUUUUUUUCUAUGUUUGCUCAAAAAGUUCGCUCCCGUUGAAACUCCAACAUAUUUGCCACGGAGCAGUGUUGACCGAUCGGGUCAAUAGAGGCAAAAACACGGAGCGGUAGACGACCGCCUGGGGGACCGUUCGAGUGGCACGACACUUAAGACGAGACCUCAACACCCUGGUCCCCUCUCUUCUCCUUCGGACAACAGCUCUCAUCGGCUUCUAUCAAAAACAUACACUUGUCUCCUUAGCCGCCUCCUCUUCCUAUUUUUACACCACGCUUGGUUUUUGGCGGUGUCAAUGGGUCAGGGACGUUAGGAAAAGAAGAAAACUUUGAGACCGAGUAUAGUCAUUUCAGAACGAUUUGCUGUUGUUCAGAGGCGUAGAAGUAGGACUUGCCUCCAAUUAGGGAGGAAGAAGGCUUUUUUUCUGGGUUUUUGGGCAAACUUUUUUCCUUCAAUUGAAAAUUAAAAAUGAAAAGAAUUUGAGCCUGUUCCAAAAUUAUUGCUGCGGUCUUCAAAAGCGCUUCCACAGUUCAAAGAAAAGUUACUGAGGAAAAAAAUCGAAAAAUGGAAAUGGGGUAAAGAUUUAUUAAUUCUUUAAUUUUUAAUUUGUCUUACAAACCGACUUAAAAAAAUUUUUUUAACAGUUAGAAGGGCAGUUUAAUAAGUCAAAAAAAGGUAACCGGACUGAAAAAAAUGUCGGAUCUCUGUUGCCUCUCGAAAUGCAAAUAAACAGUCGAGAUUUCAGGUUUUCCGAAAUUUUUAUUCGAAAUUUUUUAAAACCCGUAAAAGUUCUUAAGAAAUCUCAAACGCUUUCUACAAGAAAAUCUAUCCAAAAUUUCGAAAUUUGUAAACCUCUCACUUCCUCAUAAAUUACUUUGAUUCGAUUGCAUUAAAAAUUUUUCCUUUUCGGAAAAACGUUGAUCUUCUUCGAAAACUCGGAGUUUCCACGAAGUAACCGGACACUUUUCUUCAAGUUUAUUACCUACAUGGGUAAAGUCAACAAUUUUUUCAACCUUGGUUUCUUAACCGCAUUAGUAGAAGUACCUAUUUGGAUGAUGUGGUUGUGUAAUUACAGUAACAGUUAAAGAUCAUUUUUUAUGAUUAUGGAAGAAGGUAAAUAAUGUGGUUUUUGGGAAUUUCCAGAAAAAAAUGUUUGGUAUUCGUCAAUCUGUUUUUUUCCUAUCUAUUCUGAAAAAAAUUGAUUUUUUUGAAGUUUUAUUAAAACUUUCUUGGCAACUUUUUUUAGCAUAAACAAUCUCAAAGCAUUGCGUCCUAAUUAAAUUUUUAUUUCUAGGGUUCGCUCCAAUCAAAAUAAUCCUUUUUCAAGAUUGCAAAACGUAUUUUUUUCCAGAUGCCUCAAUGUCGCAAAUCAUCCAGAAAUCUUUCAGGUCUUGAAACUCACGACUCGGCAAAACUACGGCUGGUCUUACUUCGUUUCUUGGAUCGGAAUCGUGUUCCUCCUACUCGGCAGCGCUUCAAUGUACUUUGCCUACACCGCCAUCAAGGUUUGAUUUAACAUCAAAACUUUUUCUGAAGCCGAAUUGAACACAAACUUGAAUGGGUGUAGAACUAUACAAUUUUUGAAUUUGUCAAACUUUUCAAAAAUUUGAUUUUUUUUUAGUUAGACAAUUCACGAACGGAAGUAUUAUGGCUCUUUUUCCAAAGUUAUUUAUUUUCCUUAUACUGUUAAAUCCAAUAGUUUUGCUGUUGAAGUUGGUUUUAUCUUGGAAGCUGGGUGAUCUUCAAAAAAAAAAGCCAGCUCAAAAUAUUGCCUUUCCAAACUGCUUCGAUGAACUCGCGAUAUUAGGCAAAUCCAUCAUUUCGCAUUCCAUCAUAUCUCGUAAAUAUAUCAGUUUCGGCGUUGAGGCCGGCAGAGAGGCCAUUGUCCUUGAGCGGCGAGUAGAAAUCAGUGGGUAAGUCGGAUCAGCGCAUCCCAUUCGGAUGUUUUCUCCCACCUCGGAAUGUGGCACACAAACGGCGUAAUGGCCGUCCGACAAAUAAUGUCGCAUUUAUUGGAGAUUUUCCCAGAUAUGCGUUCUUCUCAACAAUGGAAGAAAUCACUGAUUCGGGGAUAUUUCCGAAAAGUUUUCGAAAACUCCCAAAAAAUAUUCAAAAAUUCUCUAUUCAUUUAUCCAAGAGAUCUUAUCUUCGAGCUGAAAAAGUAUCAAAAUUAUAAACCAAAUUAAAAGAUAACAGCUUUAUGAAAAUUUUGAAAGCAUGAAAAAAAUCCCGAAAAGUCAAUGAACAAAAUACAAUAUACUUCAAAACUCUCAGUUCAACCAAUAAUACCAAAUCUCAUCUCGAAAUUUUGAAAGCAUGAAAAAAAUCCCGAAAAGUCAAUGAACAAAAUACAAUAUACUUCAAAACUCUCAGUUCAACCAAUAAUACCAAAUCUCAUCUCGAAUCCACCUCCUUUUAGUUAGUUGCGCUUGGCGCCAUUGGUGAUUGGAAUCUAGGUCAAGCAAGUAAAACGGUUGUUUGGGUUUUCAGAAAGAAGAAGACAUGGCUCUAUCAGCGAAGAAUGGGGCCUACUUGAUGCCCAACUACUACGACAAGGGAGCGAUCGUUCCGUAUGGAUAUGGAACCUAUGCAGGUGUGUAUGACAAAAAAAAAGAGUAGUUCAGUCAAAAACAAGUAAAUUUACUUCUUAUCAGUUUCAUUCAUUGCUUUUUUUCACAUUUUUCCUUCUUAGAAAAGUCUUUUUUUAUAGCUAGACGUUGAUCAAAAAAAUCACUAGCUUAAUUACAAAACAUUUUUUUGAUCCCUCAAGGUAAUUUUAAAAAAAGCUAAAAAAAAAACUCUCAAAAAAACUGGAAAAAUGUGAAAGCAAAACGCCUUUUGAUAAUAAGAAAAUGCAUUUAUUUGCGCCUUUUCUGAGAAUUAGUCAGAAUAUUCUACCAAAUGAAGGUUUUUAAAUAAGCCGUAAUGUUAAUCAUUUCGAAGCCUGAAACUUUCAGAAGUCAGCUGGCGAAUAUGGCUUUUCAUAAGCCUCGCGUUCUUUUUUUUAGUUUUUCACCUUUUCUUAGGCUCAAGUCUUAAAAAACUAUGGUUAGUUGACCAAAGAGGUUUUGCGCCAAUCUCUAGGAAGUUUCCAACCGCGAAGCAACGGAUAUUCUUGAGAUGUCCAGGGGCUUUUUUUCCAAUAUGAAGCAACGCGCUUUUCUCCAAUGACAACUCCAAAAGUCAUCCGUCAACUUGCAGGAUACGGAACGUACCCAUACUACACGCAGUACAACACGGCGGGAUACUAUGGCUACAUGACCUACGGUCGUUAA